AUGGAACCUGGCCCUGCCCUGGCCUGGCUACUGCUGCUGAGCCUGUUGGCUGAUUGUCUGAAAGCUGCUCAGUCCCGAGACUUCACAGUGAAAGACAUAAUCUACCUCCACCCUUCAACCACACCCUAUCCUGGUGGAUUUAAAUGUUUCACCUGCGAGAAGGCAGCAGACAAUUAUGAAUGCAACCGAUGGGCUCCCGAUGUCUACUGUCCUCGAGAGACCAGGUACUGCUAUACUCAACACACAAUGGAAGUCUCGGGAAAUAGCAUCUCUGUCACCAAACGCUGCGUUCCAUUGGAAGAGUGCUUGUCCACCGGCUGCAGAGACGCCGAGCAUGAAGGCCACAAGGUCUGUACUUCCUGUUGUGAAGGAAAUAUCUGUAAUUUGCCACUCCCUCGAAAUGAAACUGAAGCUACAUUUGCCACAACAUCACCCAUAAAUCAGACAAAUGGGCACCUACACAGCAUGUCAGUGAUCAUGUCCUGCUUGUGGGUGUGGUUGGGACUCACAUUAUAGCAGCUCAGAGGCUCCCUGUACAGGUGUAAUCAUAGGCAUCCUGGCGGUGCCAUCAUGCAUGAGUCAUUGACUGAUGGUAGUUACAUGUGAAACCACAACACUCACAAUGUCUUCAGAGCCAAGCAUCACCGCUUAACCUUGAGGAACACACAUUGCUUCAGUGUAGUCAUUUCAAGUCCAGCACCUCAUCAGAGCCAGCCUGUCCCCAAAACAGACCCUGACUUCUCUACCACAAACCUUUGUUUUUGCUCGGAGAAAUAGUUCUGCAUUUAUUGAAGUCUGGGGUUCUUCAUUUGGAGGACAUGCAUGUGCCACUGGAAAUCCAGGGAAUUUUUUUCAGCCAUGGGGUUCUAUUCCUGUGCAGUUAAUCUGGAAAGAGAAAGGGUUUUGGAAGGAAAGGAGGAAGGUGUAUGGUGUUGAUCCUAGUUUAUUCUGAGGGUUCUGUAAGUGACUCAUCCAGACCUUCCUCCAUCUCCUCAUACUAACAAAGAGCCUUUCUCAUACUUUCACUUCAAAUCCCCUGUGAUCUUAGGGAGAAGGUUCUGCAUUCAGUUAUGUCAAGAUCGAUAGAGAAAAGACAUAAUAUCCUAGAAUGAUAAGGAAAGGUAAGAUCAGUAAGGAAACCUAGUGGGAAGGUUUGGUUUCUUUUAAAUAGUUUUUGGAGUAAAUGGUC